AUGGCUUCCUCACGACCCUCCUCCACGGCAACCAAAACUAAGGCACCAGAUGACUUAGUGGCUCCUGUUGUGAAGAAACCACACAUCUAUUAUGGAAGUUUGGAAGAGAAGGAGAGGGAGCGUCUGGCCAAAGGAGAAUCUGGGCUUUUGGGAAAAGAAGGACUCAAAGCAGGAAUUGAAGCAGGAAACAUUAACAUAACCUCUGGAGAAGUGUUUGAAAUUGAAGAGCACAUCAGUGAGAGACAGGCAGAAGUGUUAGCAGAGUUUGAGAGAAGGAAGCGAGCUCGGCAAAUCAACGUUUCCACAGACGACUCAGAGGUCAAAGCUUGCCUUAGAGCUUUGGGGGAACCCAUCACACUUUUUGGAGAAGGUCCUGCUGAAAGAAGAGAAAGGUUAAGAAAUAUCCUCUCAGUGGUCGGUACUGAUGCCUUAAAAAAGACCAAAAAAGAUGAUGAGAAAUCAAAGAAGUCCAAAGAAGAGUAUCAGCAGACCUGGUACCAUGAAGGACCAAACAGCCUGAAGGUUGCUAGAUUGUGGAUUGCUAAUUACUCACUGCCCAGGGCAAUGAAACGCUUGGAAGAGGCCCGUCUCCAUAAAGAGAUUCCUGAGACAACUAGAACCUCCCAGAUGCAAGAGCUGCACAAAUCUCUCCGAUCUUUGAAUAAUUUCUGCAGUCAGAUUGGGGAUGAUCGGCCUAUCUCCUACUGUCACUUUAGCCCCGAUUCCAAAAUGCUGGCCACGGCUUGUUGGAGUGGGCUUUGCAAGCUCUGGUCUGUUCCUGAUUGCAACCUCCUUCAUACUCUUCGAGGCCAUAACACAAACGUGGGAGCGAUCGUAUUCCACCCCAAAUCCACAGUCUCCUUGGACCAAAAAGACGUCAAUCUGGCCUCUUGUGCUGCUGACGGUUCUGUGAAGCUGUGGAGCCUUGACAGUGAUGAACCGGUGGCAGAUAUUGAAGGCCACACAGUGCGUGUGGCCCGUGUAACGUGGCAUCCAUCAGGACGCUUCUUAGGUACCACCUGCUAUGACCGAUCAUGGCGCUUAUGGGAUUUGGAAGCUCAAGAGGAGAUCCUGCAUCAGGAGGGCCACAGCAUGGGUGUGUAUGACAUUGCCUUCCAUCAAGAUGGCUCUUUGGCUGGCACUGGGGGACUGGAUGCAUUUGGUCGAGUUUGGGACCUGCGCACAGGACGUUGUAUCAUGUUCCUAGAAGGUCACCUGAAGGAAAUAUAUGGAAUAAAUUUCUCCCCCAAUGGCUACCACAUUGCAACUGGCAGUGGUGAUAACACCUGCAAAGUAUGGGACCUUCGACAGCGACGUUGUGUCUAUACCAUCCCUGCCCAUCAGAACUUAGUGACGGGUGUCAAGUUUGAGCCUAUCCAUGGGAAUUUCUUGCUCACUGGUGCCUAUGAUAACACAGCCAAGAUCUGGACUCACCCAGGCUGGUCCCCUCUGAAGACUCUGGCCGGCCACGAAGGCAAAGUGAUGGGCCUAGACAUUUCUUCUGAUGGGCAGCUCAUAGCCACUUGCUCCUAUGACAGGACCUUCAAGCUCUGGAUGGCUGAAUAG